GCUGCGGGGUCGCCGGGAGGAGGUGUCUGGGCCUGUGGCCGCGGCUCCUGCUGGUUCCUCGGGGCGGCCCCGCAGCCUCCGCCGGCCCGGAAUGUGCUGAGUGACGCCGCCGCGUUCCCGCCGCAGGCCGAGGCAGCCGCCGCCCCGCCCGAGGUGUGAAUGACAGAGGAGGUGCCCCCAACUGCAGUUAGUGACAUAAACCUGCGUCUUCUCUGCCACGAUGACAUAGAUGUAGUGAAACAGCUCUGCGGUGACUGGUUCCCAAUAGAGUACCCUGACUCAUGGUAUCAGGACAUCACUUCCAACAAGAAGUUCUUUUCCCUUGGAGCCACCUACAGAGGCACCAUUGUGGGAAUGAUAGUAGCUGAGAUAAAGAGCAGAACAAAAGUGCAUAAAGAGGAUGGAGAUAUUCUAGCUUCCAAUUUUCCGGUCGAUACUCAAGUUGCUUACAUUUUAAGUCUAGGAGUGGUGAAAGAAUUUAGAAAACAUGGAAUAGGUUCCCUCUUACUUGAAAGCUUGAAGGAUCAUAUAUCGACAACUGCCCAAGACCACUGUAAAGCCAUCUACUUGCACGUCCUCACCACCAACAACACGGCAAUUAACUUCUAUGAAAAUAGAGACUUUAGACAGCACCACUACCUGCCCUAUUAUUAUUCUAUCAGAGGGGUCCUCAAAGACGGCUUCACCUACGUUCUAUACAUCAAUGGUGGACAUCCUCCUUGGACAAUCUUUGACUACCUACAGCAUAUUGGUUCAACGCUCGCCAGCCUGAGCCCAUGUUCGAUUCCUCACCGGAUAUACCGCCAAGCCCAGAGUCUCCUCCGCAGCCUGCUGCCAUGGUCUGGCAUUUCCGCAAAGAGUGGCAUUGAAUACAGCCGGGCAACGUGACCCAGUCAGAGGGUGUCAGCAAAGCGAGAGGAUAAUUCUUCCCUUUAUCUCCUGAAUCAUCUGGCUCUGUACUGAUUCCAGUGAUGCGGGCUUCCUAUCAACAACCCAGCCUCUUAAAAUUGACCACUCAGCUGUGGAUUGACUGAGAUUUGGCAGACCAUAUGCUUGACUUGCUGCAGCCCUGACUUGCCAUCUUCUUGGCCCAGAGUCCCAAGGAAUCCUGUGUGGAUUGACAGUCAUUGCUGUCUUAUAAGAAGUGUCACUGUGCUGUAGGCAAGUGGCCCUUCCCAUUACAGCUCUGUGUUUUACACCUCCCCUCCCCUCCCACUCUCCUUGCUUUUGGCCAGUACUCGCAUAGAUGCACAUAGUUGUACAUGAGAUGGACAAGGAUGCAGUCAUCUGCUUUGCCAUAGCAUAGCUAAUGACAGGAAUGCACAAUAAGGCAAUCAACAUGCACUGACCAUGUUAGAGCCCACAAUACAUCAGAGGGCCAGGGCUGGAGUGGGCCCGCCAUGUCCUCUCAGUCCAAGGGCAGAUGGAAAUGGGGCACAUUUUCUCUUGGGCUCCCAUGCUCCUGCUGAUGCGUCUGUGUUGCUGCUGGUAACACUCCUGCCCACUCACAGGAAGGAAACUGCUGCUGAGAUGCCCAGAGAGAGUCAUCACCCCAUGACUUAAAAAGAAGCAUCUGAUUCAUGAUGCUCUAAAGUAGAAGACAGGGAUUGAAAUUGCUGUUUCAUAGUGAAAUAUAUAUACUGUAUAGAUCCUUCUGCCUUGAGUCUGAGCUAGAGCUCACCAGGAUAGGAGUGGGGGAGAUGUAUAGAGUUAUUCCUGUAGUUGGAGCCCCAGAGGGAAGAGUGAGCCACCUCCAUUCCCUUAAACUGUCGCCGUUGGAACUGGAGUUAACCUCCCGCAGGCUGUUUAGGAAUGAGAUUUGUUCACAGAUCGCUGCUUUUGAAGAAAAUUAGCUGCUGCCCCACUUGUGUUUAUAGAGACUGCAGGCCAUGAGAGGUGUGGAGGGGGUGCGCUGAUGGGCAGCCUUGCUGGGUCUGUGCCAGGAGUCUGGUAUUGAAGUCCCUGUGGAGGCUGCAACGUGACUGUCAGCAGUGAAAUGCUUGCUUUGUUUGCACAAGACUUGUGCAGGACACUUGUCUCCCCAUGUGGAGCUUGCCAGACAUUGAUCUCCUCAAUAGGCAGAAGGCCCCAGACCUCCCCACGUAUUGAAUUAGUGUGCAAAAAGACCCCAUAGCCACAGGAGGGGCACCUGAGUGCUAGCAGGACAUUGGAAUAGUGCUGUCCCAUCGGCUCUGCUAGUGGGAUCAGCUAGGAUUGAGCAAAUAGGAGCAAAGCAUACACUGUGAGUAAAUGCCUGGCCUCCUUCCAGCAAUUGUCAACAAGCCCCUUCUUCCCCUGGCAGAGGCUGUGCCCCCUUGGCUCUGCACCCCCUCCCCACUGUUCAUGUGCCCACUUUGAAACUGAGUUGGCAGAGGAAGUCUUGAACUAAAGCUGGUGCGUUGUCUCCUGCUGCUGGCAGUGCGGGUGGCAGGUAACUAGGAGGUUACUACGGAGACAGGGACUGAUGGGGUCUUACAGCACAAAGUUGGCCUCCGAAAGUAACUUAAAUCUGCUGGAAGAAUUAGCUCUCCAGAUAUCACUUAAAGACAGGUCAAUGUCUAACUGUAGAGGAUAACUAUCCCCUUGCUAUUACCAUGCCAGCUGCUAUCUAAGUGGUGUGGGAAUAGCGUCCUAUCUUGUCAGGGGCCUCUGCCUGGCACUGCCAGCAUCCUAGAUAAAGGACAGUCUUGGCAGCCCCCGCCCCUUCAGGAGGCUCUGAGAAGCCCGUUUUUAAUACAGAAUGUGUGCUGCAAAUACAGCUUGCACUCUGUAACCCUGUCCCAUGUGGGGUGGAGCCAAGCCCAGGAAGCUUUUUCAAUCAGGCCCUGGGAUGCUGCUGUGUGUCUUGCCUUGAGGCAGCAGUGGGGAUCAUUGUUGAAGGUGCUGUUCAUUUCCCAGCUCAGCAGGACACACUCAGCUUCAUUUGUUAUAUUGCUGGAAUAGAUUGUUUUAUCACAAAGGAGACUGUUUCUCGGUUAGAGCGAUAGUGUGUUAGAAUUGCUGGGAUUUCCCCGUGUGGAGCAGGAAUGUGCCUGUUGUGGAGCUGGUACAGAUGUACAAACUUCUGCUGUGCAGUGGGGAAAUGGCUGAGCUUCAAAAUGGAGGCUUCACUUUGUGUAGAUCACGUGGACUGAAGUAGGCUAAUGACUCGAAGGGCGAGAGCCUUGGGGGAAAACUGGAGGAUGGGUUGGUGUUGGGGCUGUGCAGCCAUUGCUUUGUGUCUAAUUCAGUGCAGUAAGGCAGGUAGAGCCCCUGCCUGAGAAAGAGGGCAGUGACCAACCAGCAUGGGCUGGGGCCAGAGUUUUGUGGGGAAACUUCCCCCAUUCUCAGCGAGGAGGGGAGAUCUAGCCAGUGCCAUGCAGUGAUCUCACCAGGUCCUGCAAUGGGAUGAUCUUCACCCAUUCAGACUGAGAAUCAGCCCUCCUCCCCCACCAGCUGUGCUUCAUUUUUGUGCAUGUACCUUACGUCUAGCUAGUCUUUUGGCUGGGGGGCCCUUCUCUUGCAAAGAAGUUGCCUUCCAGGGAGGAAUGGAAUCUCUGCAAAUGUAUGUGCACUCCCUGCUCUGCAGCCAGAGCCACCCCACCCAGCAGGCUGGGCAAGAUGACAGUCCUCUCCUCCUGACACUGAAAUGUCUUAGAUCCAGCUGGUAGCUGGUCAGGAGGUGACCGUUAAGCUGCUUAGAAGUGGGUUUUUAAAAAGGCUACUCUGAGCCAAGCCUGUUUCCUUGGGAUGGGCUGAUACCUCCCCAGAGCAGAACUUCUCAGCCUUGUUCUCCCGUCACCUUGUUUUUUCUCUUGUUUCCCUGGCCCACCUGCCUGGUAUGGAUACCAGUGUGCUCUGUAUUUGGGGCGGAGGAGGAAGAUCUGUUUCCUAAUCAUCCAACAAAAACUUUUAGCAAAUUUUAUCAGUGUAAAGAAGUUCUAACCCAGUAUUCAUUAUACAUUCAGGUGCUGGGCCACAUGGGAUGUUAAGGGGUGCAGCCCUUGUGGGGUACAUCCCUAUGCUAAUGGGAAGGGCAGCCUCCCUCUGAUCUGCCCAGCCCUCCAGACUCUGGCUGAUUUACAGCAGCCUGAGGUUUCCUCUCCCUUCAGUGCCCAUCUGCAUUCUAGCCAGGAACCACCAUCCUGCUUCCCCUGUUGGACCUGUGCUGUUGGUGGUUUGGGAGCUAAGAGGGUGAGGAGACUGGAGACCUCUGUAAUAGACUGGAUCUGCCCCUCACUGGCAACCUGCUGUCUGGGUAGUUAGGAGUGGGUGCCAUGCAGCUUUCUCCUGAUUGCCAUGAGACUUGUACUGCUUCUGGCUGGGCCUGAGUGGAAUCUCUCUAGCUUCUGUGGGCAGGAUGUGGAGGAAAUGUGGACAACCUAGGACUGGUGGGCUUUUCCUGGGGAGGGGAAGUUACCCUGUGGAACCUCCUUGUUCACUCCCUUGCCCUAUCCCCAUGCACAUGUCCUAGUACUAAUGAAGUGCAGGGCCACAUGGCUGAGUUAGCCUGCUCUUAUACACACAGGAACCACAAGGGGGAGUGAUCAGUCUGUUAGGGAUGCAGCCACUGUAUUAGCAUGUACUACAGAGGAACAGGUUCUCUAGCUGCCAGUAAGAUCACCAACAAUCCUUCAGUUGUGGGGCUGCCACAGAGGCACUCAGAGAGAUGGGGGUCUGAUUGGCUUGAACUCCUAUUAUAGAGCCUUCGUGGAGAGGCCUCGCCAUUCACAGUUGUGUGACAGAUGGCUUUAUUCUCAACAUGCUUUUAGAUGGGGCCUGUGGGUUCUUCCCACUGUACAUGAGUUGGGUCCCCAGUGGAGAAACCCCUGAGCUCUCCCUUCUGUGCCAGUGAUCUUCCCAGGCAGAGUAGCCAUUGACAAUCUGCUUUGGCCCAGGCCUCUGGCAAAAAGGAGUUGCCAAUUGAAACUGUUCCUGGUAAUUCUGUAUAGAGGCUCCCAGCUGUGAAAUUAUAGGGGUACCUAC